ACCAGUGGAAGAGCAGGAGCGACAACAGAGGGGUUCUUUUCUUUUUGCGACUGCAGCGGUAUUUUGUCCUCUCCGGUUGCCGUACGUGCCUAAAGCAGAUUCAUACGAUGGCGAAUGUGAAGUGCAGCAGCGAAGGCCCUUCUAAAGAAGGAGCAGGACCAGAAGAGAAGGGAAGCAGUGUGAAAACUAAGACUGUCUCUUCCAGCACGGCAUCAGGGGACAGUCUGCGAAAGCGGCCUGCUCAUGAGAUCGACCCAGAAGAUGAGGCUAAAAGCAAGUCAGCGCCCCCUAAAAUGUUUAAAUCGGGGUUUAGCAUGACUGCGAAGAAGCCUGCGUCCAUCUCCAUCAAGCUUGGAGCAAGUAAACCUAAGGAACCCACACCUGCCUUACCUGCCAAGAAAGCUGGACUUGCAUCUGUUUUUAAUGAGGAUGAUGAUAGCGAGCCUGAAGAAAUGCCACCUGAGGCAAAGAUGAGGAUGAAGAAUAUUGGCAGAGAAACGCCCACAUCAGCUGGACCCAAUUCCUUCAACAAAGGAAAGCAGGGAUUCUCAGACCAUCAGAAACUUUGGGAGAGGAAGCUCAAAUCCCAGACAGAUCAGUAGCAUCUGGCUUCUUUCAAUAGCUUGCUUUUGGGCACUGAAAUAUUUGUCCUAUUGUCUCUUUGUUUGAUAAACAUUGUACAAAUGUAUAUAUGUAAUGAAUGUUUAUGCUAUCAAGCAUCUUUUUAUCGUAGCUAUUUUGUUUUUUAGCCACGCUGUGGUUAAAAAUGCCUUCCUGUGUAAGGUGCAAACAGAGAAAAUGAGCAUAAUCUUUAUUGCUGUACAAUAUGUGCCGCACCGACCCCCGUUAUCAUUUGCUUAUAGUUUAGUUGUUCUCCAGAGAAGGAAUGUAGUGGUCCAGUCAUUUAGGAUUGUUUAAGUUUCAUUCAUAGCAAUGAAAGAAGACUCUGUAGUUUGAUUCACUAAUAAAUGAGAAAUGUGGUGUCACUUUAA